AUGACGUCGAACGGUGAUGACAUCUUGUUCAACGCUGUGCGCGUGAACGGGGGCGCGUCGACGUCGAGCGACGACGGUACGACGGCGAGAAUGGCGGCGAGAGCGCUAACGAGAGAACUCCUCGAGCGAGUGAAGACGAGCGAGGAGCCGGACGCGCGGGCGAUGACCAUCGUGCGAGCGUUGUGCGAUGGCUCAACGCACGCGCGAGCUCAGGAUGAGCUCGCGAAUCGCGCGCGGGAGAUGGUUCGGGCGUGCGGGCGGUUUGCGAGUGGGCUGAGCGCGGAGUUGGCGAGCGGGCUGGCGAGCGCGCGGACGAGCGCAAACGCGCGCGCGCUCACCAGGGCGCUCGUAGAAGUCGUGUGCGAAGGAUUUGAUGGGGAUUUAGCGAGGGAGUGCGCGAGCGCGAGCGCGCAUCCGCUCACGCGAGCGCUUCGGGCGCACGCGGACGCCGGGGCUGGUUUGUUGGAGGCGACCACGAGCAAAGUGUCGAGCGGGUUGAGUCGGGAUUUCGAGGCGAUGCGACCGUUCAUCAUGCGUGCACUAUUAGAGUACCCCGCUCCGGCGCCGAGAAGCUUGUUUCCCGCGCUCUUACACGCUCGGUUGAUGGGAGCGACGUGUGGGAACGGAGAGAGCGCUCCGGCAAUUUUAGAGCUGUGCGCCAGAGCGCUAGGAGCGUACAGAGCGCCGACGAGCGAAUCCAGGGCGUGGAUCGCGUCGGCGGCUGGUGAAGUCAUAGAUGCGAUAGAAUGCCGACUCUACGACGUCGGAGAUGACUCCGCACGCAACGUUUUGGCGUUGGUGACGGAAGGAUUGGUACGGCAGCUGCGUUCUGCGGCGCUCGACGGUGACAGCACAAUGCCAUUCAUCGGCGCUCUCAAACGAUUGAGCGAACAUGGGGACGUGAGCGAGUGCGUGGAGCUGAUACCUUGUUUAUCGCUCGUGCAAAGUACGGACGAGACGGCGGCAUUGCUAGCGUUACUGGCGCCUCAUUUUCCACUCGAUGGACCAGCACGUUCGCUGAGUUCAAGGCAUGCGUCUGCAGCACUCAUGCUUCCGAAGGAAUCUGGAGCUCGUUUGGCGCUCUCUCUCGCAAUGUCUCGAGAUGCACAAGGAGUGAGUAUGAAUAGCACGCGGAAUGGGAGGCAGCUGGGCGACCGUACUCGAGAUGGAUUCAUGAGUCGUACGCUUUCAACAGCUUGGUACGAUGGUGAUGCUGACAGUAUAGAUCGAGUGCGAGCGUGCAUCCGGGACGAUGAUGUCACAUCGUGUACGCUAGAGCUUGCGUGUCUAGUGCACCCUUCGUCCCAUGUGCGCGAGUGUGCUGCUGAGAAACUCAGGGAAAAGCUUUGUGGGAAGGCUGCUCACGGGACGUCUGAAGUCACGAUGAUAUUGUUGCACCUUCACACGGAGUGCGAGCGUUCAGCUCGCAUCGAUGAUGCCGCGAAAGCUGCGCUGGCAAUGCUGACUGCGCUAGCUGCUGGAGCAUCGGACUUCGUGGCGGCGCCCAUCGUUUUGCGCGCCAUCGCUCCGCUUAUGAGCACAAAACCAGGCGAGAGCGCGCCUAGUCCGCGACUGCAUGCUCUCGCACUGAGACUUUUGGCUGAAAUGUGGAUAAAUAACCGCGAAUUCGGGGCGCGCCUGAAAGGGGCGUUAGAGGAUGCAUCGACUUCACGCGAACCGGCGGUCGUGAUCGGAUGUGCCAGUGCCUUUGCGGCUGCCGCAAGAGCUCAUCCAUUCAGAGCCACGGAGUUUGUUCUAUCUAUUCAAGGUUGUUUGAAGUCGAAAUUUCCAGCAGCGCAGGCGUUAGCUCUGGAAGCGAUCGACACUAUGUGUGAAUAUGAUGCGCUUGAUUUUUUCCCGGCAUUCAAAGUGGUCACGAGGCAUAUUCCGAGCCUCCCUCAGCACCCAUUGGUGGCACAAAAAUGGAUUAGACUCAUUCGACACGCCGGUCGAGACGCCUCAAAGUAUCCCGACGCGGCAGUGACUUUCAUCGAGAUUAUUUGGAACGCGAUAAAUACAUCGAGUCAUCCGAGGGUUCGAGGCGAGGCGUGGAGUUCCUUGAGUCUUUAUGACUCUGAGCUCAUAUCUGAGAUUGGUGCUCCUUCGAUGUCGGAAAUCGCACAACACGCCUUGUCAGAAAAUCUUGGAAAACCAUUCGAUGGUGCGAUGGCGAUGCUACGAACCGUGACGAAACAGGAGUUUAUUGCUCUAUCCCGAACUUCCUUGAUCGCGAGAGAUUCGCAGCAGCUGACGCAUCCACCUCCAUCUGACCCACUCAUUUAUCGAGUGACGCAAACAAUUCCCAAGAAAUUGCUGGACUCCCAACCGUGUGCAGGUGCUCGUUUACUGAUGUUUCGUCCACCAAAAGGCCGGUCCGAAACGUUGAUGAGUAGAGAUAAAGCCGAAUCGUACCGGAUCGAGUUCAAUCGAGCCGCAAAGGAAAUGCGUUGGAUUGAUUGGUGGCACGGCGGCCUUUUGUAUCGCUCUUGGACUCGGUUCUCCAAACGUUGGUUCGAUGCAGAGGUGUCUGCGAGAAGUGGAGGCUGUGAUAUUGACGACAUGCGUGCGGAAGCUCGAGCGAGUAUGAAUGCGACGGCGAUGAAAUCUCUCGAGGACGUGACCACCCCUGACGAGUUACAAAAUAUUGCCUUGUUCCUUGUGACACCAGCUCUCGAGAGUGAAGGCGGUUUUGGCGCGGAAUUGGGUGACUUUCUGCUCUCGAUACUGCAAGAGAAGAUGUCUGUGGUCGGUGCUGAGCGAGGUUUAUGCGUCGCACUCGGCAUUGUUGGAGGUUCGCUCGCAGACAGAGGCAAUGAAAGACUGCCCACCAAGAUUGCCGACGCACUCAUUCAGCAGUUGAGCGACUGUCAAAUAGACGGUGCGGACAAAAUGGGCGCAGUGGCGGAGGCUCUUGGUUUAUUGUGCCAUGGUUUAUCACGCGAUGUGACUCAAGGUGAAUCAUCGUCAUGGCGCGUCGAUCUCACUCAUCGCAUCUGCAGCGUACUUUUCUCAUGUCUCAACGCACUUGGCGCGUCAGUACCAUCGAUUCAACUCUUAGGCAUUCGCUCAAGUUCGGAUGGAAUAGUAGCGCCCAAGGGAGACGUUUCUGACGCAAUCGCCGGUUCUUGUGUCGGUUUAUCGAGAGUGUUUUGUGCUUUGGAUGUUUUCGACGAUGAGGCAAGGAGAACGACAGCGUGGGUUGAAUUCUUAACGAAUGAGGUCACCCAAGGAAGUUUCCCCCACAGCUUGGCGCUACCGGUCGCGCUGAAGCCUAUGCUUGAUCGAAAGCACAAUAUCCAGAGCGAGACUGUCGCGCUGACAGCCAUGACAACGACGGCGUGUUCCGAAAACGCCCUGAUUCGAGCGGUCAGCUGUGGUAUCAUGGGAAUCAUGCUUGAUCAUGGAUGCGCAGUUCCGAUUGAAAUGUGCCAACGCGUUCUCGGUGAGACAUCAGGUAAGAUGCGAGAUGACACCACGAUUUCGAGCGCGCGAGCAUUUUUCGCAUUAGCUCUCUCCAGUGCACUCGGUGCACCUUGGGAUGGAUAUGUCAAGUAUGACGCACGAGUCAACGCAACAUCUGAUGAAAGUUCAGUGUUCGCGGCACCACUUUUGUGGGGCGGCAUUCAGGGGAAAUCUCAGGCGAAAGGUAUCUUGAAGACAAUCGAAAGCGUUGCUCUUGCGCCAGACGAAAUUGCACUGAGAUCAUUGAGAGAUAUUUCUACGUGGACACUGGCGAUGUUGUCCGAUAGAGUGGCACAACUUGCGGUGCUUGUUUCCUCCGGAACACAUGAUUCGAAGUCUUCUGUGUCAAACGACACGGUGAUUGGGUGCAUGAUGCAAGCCAUUUUGAAUGUGAACGUCGCCCAUCCGGACGAACGUCAGAUGCGGGGCGCGGCUAUGGCUUUUAGCGUGCUAACAGAGUUAACGCGCCUGCCGAACGCCGGUUGGUCAAACGCGUUCAGUCGUUGGUGGCGAGUUGCGACAUCAAAUCAACCAGAUGAGGCAAAGUCAGCCCGCGAGGCUCUUCAAAGCGCGUGUAUUCGCAUGUGUCAAUCGCACCCAGAGAUGUCUCUCGGAAGACACGUGUUGGAACAGAUUGCCACAACGUCUGAGGCCGAGUUCACCAAUCUAUCAGCAGAGGCACAAUUAUUGAUUAUGCGCGGCGCUCCGUCCGCAUGCUCUUUGAACGCAGAAGGUGGAGUGACAGCGGUUGAACGAUUCAUCAACAUGGCUUACCUCUCACGCGUGGCCAAUGGAUGCGUGUCUGAACUUUGGAAGAGUUUGAUUAGCGUCAGCGAAGACGAUGUUGCUUUCGCCGCGGUGCGAUCUCUCGCGUCUCGGUUGGACCUGACGAACACCCACAUUUUGGACGAAGCAUCUUUGUGCAUUAGUAAAUUCAAAUCAUCGACGUUGCGGGCCGAGGCCGUGCGGACGCUCCGUCAGGAAGUGAAACCCAUCAUCUGCGCGAGGUUGUUCAAGAUUGGACAAGCUAGAGCCGAGACGCUGAUAUCGCUCGCGACGUGGCCAAAGGAGACAAGAAUGUUGACGCUGAAGCUCACCGCAGGACAUAUCGCACGUUCAACGUCCACGCUACGCGCGCAGAUGAUGCACGAAGCGGUCAAUCUCGGGGAUUGCACCGCUAUCCCUUGCAUCGCCAUUCUUGCGGUCGCCUGGGGACCCAUGUCCGCCCUCUUGAAUGUCGCAUCCAUCGAGCAGUGCACGGCUGCCUUGCCGUGCACACUACCACAUCUACUUAAAGGUGAACUGUCCGGUUUGAGCGACGCGAUAGUGUCCAGCGCACUCAGGAAUUUGAAAGGGGCGCACGCGCGAGUCGCCAUCGAUGUCUUAUUAGAAAUGCGGAACGACGUAACGAACGCAGUCUGGGCGCAAGUCGUUGACGCCUUAGCGUAG